GCGAUUGCCGUAAAGGGAAACAAGAUUUGAACGAGCAGCGCCGCAGGCGCGCUCCUCGGGGCCGUGAGCGCGCCCCGGGGGCCGGCCGGUCUGCUCGGGAGCGCGCCCCAUGGCCCAGCCCUGUCUCCUUAUAGCAGGCGGGCUUCGGCGCUAUCGGCCAGCUCUAGUCGGUCUGGUAAGGCAAAGCGGAGCGGAGAUCCUCAAACGGCCUAGUGCUUCGCGCCUCCGGAGAAAAUCAACGGUCUAAUUAAUUCCUCUAGUUUGUUGAAGCAGUUACCAAGAAUCUUCACCCCUUUCCCACAAAAGCUACGGUUGAGUACACGUUCCUGUUGAUUUACAAAAGGUGCAGGUAUGAGCAGAUCUGAAGACUAACAUUUUGUGAACUUGUGAAACAGAAAACCUGUUUGAAAUGUGGUGGUUUCAGCAAGGCCUCAGUUUCCUUCCUUCAGCCCUUGUAAUUUGGACGUCUGCUGCUUUCAUAUUUUCAUACAUUACUGCAGUAACACUCCACCAUAUAGACCCGGCUUUACCUUAUAUCAGUGACACUGGUACAGUAGCUCCAGAAAAAUGCUUAUUUGGGGCAAUGCUAAAUAUUGCGGCAGUUUUAUGCAUUGCUACCAUUUAUGUUCGUUAUAAGCAAGUUCAUGCUCUGAGCCCUGAAGAGAACGUUAUCAUCAAAUUAAACAAGGCUGGCCUUGUACUUGGAGUACUGAGUUGUUUAGGACUUUCUAUUGUGGCAAACUUCCAGAAAACAACCCUUUUUGCUGCACAUGUAAGUGGAGCUGUGCUUACCUUUGGUAUGGGCUCAUUAUAUAUGUUUGUUCAGACCAUACUUUCCUACCAAAUGCAGCCCAAAAUCCAUGGCAAACAAGUCUUCUGGAUCAGACUGUUGUUGGUUGUCUGGUGUGGAGUAAGUGCAUUUAGCAUGCUGACUUGCUCAUCAAUUUUGCACAGUGGCAAUUUUGGGACUGAUUUAGAACAGAAACUCCAUUGGAACCCCGAGGACAAAGGUUAUGUGCUUCACAUGAUCACUACCGCAGCAGAAUGGUCUAUGUCAUUUUCCUUCUUUGGUUUUUUCCUGACUUACAUUCGUGAUUUUCAGAAAAUUUCUUUACGGGUGGAAGCCAAUUUACAUGGAUUAACCCUCUAUGACACUGCACCUUGCCCUAUUAACAAUGAACGAACACGGCUACUUUCCAGAGAUAUUUGAUGAAAGGAUAAAAUAUUUCUGUAAUAAUUAUGAUUCUCAGGGAUUGGGGAAAGGUUCACAGAAGUUGCUUAUUCUGCUCUGAAAUUUUCAACCACUUAAUCAAGGCUGACAGUAACAUUGAUGAAUGCUUAUAAUCAGGAAACAUGAAAGAAGCCAUUUGAUAGAUUAUUCUAAAGGGUAUCAUCAAGAAGACUAUUAAAAACACCUAUGCCUAUACUUUUUUAUUGCAGAAAAUAAAGUUGAAAGACUAUGAUAUCAUAGUUUUUUAUACCUUAUUUAAGAGAAACAACCUGACGUGCACCAAUCAGUCUGCACAUCCCAGCCCCUCACAUUUUAUAAAUUAUUGUAGAUCAUGUUUUUUUAGGAGCACUUUUAUGAGAGACAUUUUCCAUGACUAAAUAAUCAGCAUUAGUCAGUAAAUCCUUUAGAACUGGGUUUUGAAAUGGGAGUUUUAUCAUAUUAAAUCAUUUCUUGUAGUCUUACAUUUUUUGUUGUUGUUCUGGAAUCUACCUGUAAAGGAAAGUAGACCUGGAUUCAUGUGGGCUCUUUCAUGGCUUAAGUGUUGCCCAAGAGAUUUUGUAGGUAACGAUUUUUUUUUUUUCUGGCCACAAUGCCAGAUACUAAGCUAAUUGGUCUAUCAUACACAUGCUUGCAGUAGUUUCAUGAAGUUUAGUCUCUGGUGUGAGAUUUUAAUCACCAAUGAAUGAGAGAGGCACCUGUAGGUAAAUUUACUUUAGUCAUAUUUUACAUAAAACAAGGGUUAGUAUUCAUGUAAAUUGAGAAGUUUGGGAAUAACAGCAGAUAUGAUUAAUAACAAAGAAAAGUCAUAACC